GGUCCCUCAAUUUAAACAUGGCGGCUUCGGCGGCGAGAGGCGUUUUGUCGAUGCGUGCCAAUGUCGGUCGCCCCGUUGCGUUUGUCAGGAAGAUUCCCUGGACUGCGGCCUCGAAUGAGCUGAGAGAACAUUUUGCACAAUUUGGCCAUAUACGAAAGUGCAUCGUACCUUUUGACAAAGAGACUGGCUUCCACAGAGGUAUGGGCUGGAUUCAAUUUUCUUCAGAAGAAGAACUUCACAAUGUACUCCAACAGGAAAAUCAUGUUAUUGAUGGAGUAAAGCUCCAUGUUCAAGCUCAGAAACGCAAAGCUUUACAAGGCGAUCAAACUUCUGAUGAAGAGAAAGAUUUUUGAGACUAUCGUUACCUAUUAAACAAAAA